UGCACUAACAUGUUGGUGAAUUAUCACGAGCACUUAAAAAAGAAUUGCACGCUGACAUGGAAUUGUGGAGAACUGAAAUUAAGACCUGAUAAGUGAGAAACUGAAAUUGACAGAUUCAUUGACCCCUAAUUCUGGAGGUAAAGGAGAAAUUAGUGGAUUGAAUUGGAAAGAGGAGAAACUGAGAUUGGCAGAUUCACCCACCCUUGGUCCAUAGCUAGUCCCAGAAACCUUGCCAGUGUUUCCUCUUUGUUAAUUCUUCCUCCUUCCCAUCCAUCCUCUACAGAUGUUUUUCUAUUUCUCGGACAAAGUGGUCCUUCUUUUUGACUUCUGGAACACGCACACCCCAGCAGGGAUGGUGCUCUCAGUACUGGUGAUCAUGCUGCUUGCCGUGUUGUACGAAUUCAUAAAAGUUGGCAAGGCGAAAGUGCUUCAGUACACAAUGCCGCCAUCCAUUGCCUCCAGCAUCAGCCAGGAGACCUUGAGAGAGCCAGAAAGGGCAUCUAUUAACACGGGCCUGGAACAGCUAAGCAGCUCCCCAAAGAAUUGGUUUUCGUGGCAUGUCGUCCAGACCCUGCUCCAUGUGGUCCAAGUGGUCCUCGGUUACCUGGUGAUGCUGGCGGUGAUGUCUUACAACACGUGGAUCUUCCUGGGAGUGAUUGCGGGCUCUGCCAUUGGCUACUACAUAGCAUACCCACUGCUCAGUCCCAGAUAGCAGCACUGGCAUCAGCGCCGGAAGAUGGUUUUUAACAGUGCUGAUUAACUGGAGACUCCUGCCUUGGGAACAGAUCUGUGGUGCUUGGAUACUGAACUGGGUAAAGAGGAGUCACCCUGUUGUAGUUCCAAGAUCCUUUCCCCUGCUCCCCAUCCUCUGACUUCCACAGGCAGGGCAUUUAAACCUUCUACCUUUUUGAGAAUGACUUUUUGUCCUUUCACUGGAAUUUAUUUGUAACUGCCUUUACUAAGUGCCUUGGAACAAAUGCUCAGUAGCUAGAACUGAGAUGUUUUGCUUUCUAACCUCAGGAUGUGUAACAGUGGUACCUUGGGUUACAGACGCUUCAGGUUACAGACUCCGCUAACCCAGAAAUAGUACCUCGGGUUAAGAACUUUGCUUCAGGAUGAGAACAGAAAUCGUGCGGCGGCAGCGGGAGGCCCCAUUAGCUAAAGUGGUACCUCAGGUUAAGAACAGACCUCCGGAACGAAUUAAGUUCUUAACCCGAGGUACCACUGUAGUCAGCUAAGCCUUGCACUGUCCACUCUGACUGGCAGAACUCUUGAAAGUGAGGUUGGGGGGGCAACUUUACCAACCCCACUAUGCUCUGUCCUCUGAGGGAGUGGAACCCAUGCCAACUUUAUUCAAAGCACAUGCUGAAUGGUUGCAUUCUCUUGCGGGCUUUUUAGUGUAGGAGGGCAAUGGUGGAGAUAUAUAAAAUUAUACAUAAUGGGAAGAAAGGGGAUUAGGAGAAGUGUCCCCCCCUCCACUUCUCAUAAACGUAGAACUGGGGCCAUCCAAUAACUCAGAAUGGUGGGAGACUCUAGCAUUCAGGAGGGAAGUGCUUCUUCACACAGCACAUAAGUAAGUAAGCUAUGGGAUGCAUUACUGCUAUAGCCAUCAACUUGGGCAGCAAUAAAUGGCAGCUGGACAAAUUCACAGAGGAUAAUGUUACAGGUGGCUGCCAGUUGUGAUGACUAGGUCCUACCCCUCCAACACGCCUCUGAAUCCCAGUUGCUGAGGAUCAUUAAUGGGAGAGAGCCAUUCAGCGCAUAUCCUGCUUAAAGGAUUCCCUUAGGCAACUGGUGGCCCCCUGCCACAGUCACAGGCAGUAUGCUUCUGAAUCCCUGUUGCUGGAACCCACAGGAGGGGACAGGACUCUGGUGUUUGGGUUCUGCUUAAGGGCUUCCAAUGUAAGUGUCUGGUUGGUCACGGUCAGAACAGGAGGCCAGAGUAUUUGGGCCACAGGUCUGACCCAGCUGCUCUUCUUUUGUCCACUGUGAGAACAGGCUGCCAGACUAUAUGUAAAGCCUUUGGUUUUGACCAAUAGAGCUCUUACAUUCUUUUAUUUUUCUGGGGGUGGGGAUAUUGGAUUCAGGGCACAAAAGGGAAGAUUAACAUAAGGGACGCACCACCACAUGUUGAGGCUAUAAAGAGAGGGGAAUCAAAUGUUAGCCUCACUAAUGCCUUGCAGGACUGGGUCUGGUCAAUGCUUGGGGGACAGAGAGCUGCCUCAUACAUAGUCAGGCCAUGGUAACAGUACCACUUAAUUCUGCUUUGGUCAGACCACACCUGGAAUACUGUGUUGGGAGGAAAAUGUACACAGGGUGUUUAGCAAGGAUAGCCUAUGUGGUGCCUUCUGGAUAUUGUUCGUCUGCAACUCCCAUUGACCCCCGUCAACAUGAUCAGUGAUCAGAGAUUAUGGGCGCUGUUGUCCAGCACAACUAGAGGGCGUCAUUAUGGCUCCAGAUGCUAAACCAAGGAAAAACGUUUGUAUGGCUAAAUUAAAAAUGAAUGUGCUAUGAAAUCUGAUGCAAAAAUCAAUGUCAAAUAAAAUAUUUUACUUAACA